CUGCGUUAAAGCAGCCUAGGCUUCUUGCAUAAGCCUCGCAGUCUAGUGCGAGUUGGUGGAGAAAACUCUCUCUCUCUCUCUUUCUCUCUCUCUUCUCUUUGAUUUUAUUAAAUUUUUUUUUUUCUUAUGUGAUUAACUUGUGAUGGUAGAAAAGGGGAGUCCUUCUGGCUUCAAACAGUAGCUUUGGGGCGUUUGUUUCCGCAGGGACUAGGAAAAUACAGACAAGGCAACUCCCACAGUCUCAAUUAUUCUCCGCGAUUCCUUCAAUUAUUCUGCCCUUCUACGGUGACAUAGAUUUUUUUUUUUUUGGUGGUUCGUAACUUGGCAUUUUGGGCCGCCGCAGAAGAUUCGGAGCAUAAAGAGAGAUCCGUGUGUUGGGAGACGGGUGCCUCUCCUUUCCCUUCCGAAUUCUACGGUGGAAGAGGCGGAGAUUAACGAAGAGAUCCCACUUUCGCCGGCGGUCUCCUCCUCUGGCUCGACGAAUCUUCUUCAGCCUCCGAGUCAGCCUUCGCCGACGCAAUUUAAGGAAAGAUUCGCUGUCCCCCCUGUUUUUUUUUCUUUACCCUCUAUAAACUUCAAUUCGUCGACCCGGAAAAGACAAAAGAUCUAGAGAAGAUGAUGCUAGGGAGGACGAAGAGCCCGGCGGCGGCGAAGGAAUUCAGCCCCGUGAAAACUUUUCCGGCGGCCGUGCCGGGGGCGGAUGAGGCGCACCAGUGGGAGGUCCGGCCCGGCGGGAUGCUGGUCCAGAAGCGGGACCCCGACUCCGUCGCCGCCGCACCCACCAUCCGCGUCCGCGUCAAGUACGGCGCCGCCUAUCACGAGAUCUAUCUCAGUUCCCAAUCCACCUUCGGGGAGUUGAAGAAGCUCCUAUCGGAGAGAAUUGGACUGCAUCCAGAAGACCUGAAGGUGGUGUACAAAGAGAAGGAGAGGGAUCCCAGCGCGUAUCUCGACAUCUCCGGCGUGAAGGACGGCUCCAAGGUGGUGGUCGUGGAUGACCCCGCCGGCCGGGCCAAGCGCUUGCUAGAGAUGCGCCACCGGGCCAAGAUUGCCAAGGCCUCCAACUCCAUCUCCCAGAUAAGCCUCGAAGUCGACAAACUCGCGUCCCAGGUAUCUGAACUAGAUGCCAUUGUAACCAAAGGUGGAAAGGUUGCUAAGAAAGAUGUGGCGAACCUCAUCGAGCUGCUGAUGAAUCAGCUGGUUAAGCUGGAUGGCAUCGUCGCCGAUGGGGAUUUGAAGCCCCAGAAGAGAAUGCAGGAGAGGAGAGUGCAAAAGUAUGUGGAGAAGCUGGAUGUGCUCAAGGUGAAGAAUGACGCACUCAAGACGACCAACGAGCACAUGCCUGCGCAGCAGCUGCAGCAGAAACAGCAGCAGCCACCGCCGUCGGUGGUGACGACGAAAUGGGAGACUUUUGAUUCUCUCUUCUCGCCAACCACCCCGGCCACCAUCACUCCGGCGACGGCCACCCCAAAUGCGUCAUCCGUCCCUUCCCCGAGGUUCGAUUGGGAGUUGUUUUAAGUAUAGAUAGGAAAAUGGUUAGUGGAAAGUUUUCUUCUGGAAUGGUCAUGGCCGCCCUGCUUGGCAUCAGGUGGGUGGAUAGUAGUCCAAUAUAUGAUUGGGUUUGAUUGGUCUACUUUUUUUUUUCUUCCCCUCUUAGCUAAGCUUCUUCUUCUAUUCUUUUUGUGUGUACAAACUCGAUUUUUGGAAGAAGAGAUCUGUUCCAUAGGACUCCUCUUGUUAAGGUUGGUCCAAAUGAGAAAUAAAUGGAUUGAUUUAUAGUGAUGGAGGUUUA